AACAAAUGUCUUUUGCAACCGAUUUUCAAAACCAUUUUAGUUUUGUUUCAUUAUUCAAGAACGUACGUGUGCUUUUUGUUUUUAUCUUCUUAACACGUUUCGUUUCCGCAAAAUUAGUCAUGUUUCAAUUGUUGAUAUUGAAAAAAGAAAGCAAGAGACAGAAAGAAAGAAGAAAGAAAGAAAAAGAAAAAGAAAGAAAGAAAGAAGUCAGCCCACGUGAAAAGAGAGAAUGGAUUUCAACAUUUCAAAAAGCGCACAGAUGAAAACGCAUUCAGCAAGCGCAGGGCAAGACGUUUUACCCAACGUAGCCCUGAACACCGCCGCCUAUGACCCGGUGAGGCACUUCUCCACAUACGGUGCCGCCGUGGCGCAGAAUCGGAUAUACUCGUCCCCUUUCUACUCGCCCCAAGAAAACGUGGUGUUCGGCUCCAGUCGGGGACCUUAUGAAUACGGAUCUAAUGUGUUUUACCAAGAUAAAGACAUGCUUCCCAGCUGCAGGCAGUCGGCUAUGGGCCACACUUCGCAGUCUUCCAUAGCGCAGGACUACAGCACUGACCCGAGCAGGACUGCGGGGCAGGAGCAAAAAGGAAGCGGUGUGCAGAUAUACCCGUGGAUGCAGAGAAUGAACUCACACAGUGGGGUUGGGUACGGUUCAGAUAGACGGAGAGGUCGCCAGAUUUAUUCCCGGUAUCAGACUUUGGAGCUGGAGAAAGAGUUUCACUUCAAUCGCUACCUGACCAGGCGCAGGCGGAUCGAGAUCGCCAACGCACUCUGUCUAACAGAACGCCAGAUCAAAAUCUGGUUCCAGAACCGGCGGAUGAAAUGGAAGAAGGAAAGCAAUCAGAGCUCGGUUCUGCCCGGCGGUACCGAACCCGGUCCCGGUCCGGAAGCCCAAGAAGAAGAAAAAGAAGACAUAGAAGAAGAGACGGAGGAAGAAAAACAGAAAGAGUAAAACAUAAACAAAAAAAACUCCUUUCUUUAAAGGCAAAAAAAAAAACUUUUACUGUCGCUGUAACCCUUAACUAAACUACCUAUGUUGUUGGCACAACUUGAUAAUAAACUAAACAUUGUAUGCAAUUCAGGCGCUCUGUAAGACUGCAACGAGGCCACGUAUUAUCCAGUCAUUUGAAGUCUUUUAAUUAAGAAACUAUUUUUUUUAAGUGUUAGAAAUGGGGGAAAAAACAUACUUCGUACAAUCAUUGUUGUUGUCGACCCGUCCGUC